AUGGCCAAUAAGCGCAAGACAGCAAAUGCGAAGGAACCGUCGUAUGCUACCGCCAAAGAUCCUACAAAGCCACUCAUACAAUUAUCUGAGGAGGAACAGUGGCGCCUCAUCAAUGAAUCCGGCAUUUUACACAAGGUCGGUGCAGCAGAAGGGGCACCCAGUAGCGAAGGGGUGAAGCAAAGUGCAGAGGAAGAAACGCCUCUCGCAGAAGAGAUAUUCGACGCCGUUGUGUUGAUAAUCCCGUUCACCUUCUUACUUGUCUUGAUGGAAAUUCUGAUACACCGACAAUAUGGAAAAGAAGCAACUUUGAAAAUCCUCACAGAUAAACUCAUAUCCAGUGUACCAAUAUUGUCCGUGUUCAUAUUUUAUACUACACGGUAUAAGGCGCAUAGAACGAUGCAGUUCGGAUUUUUCAUCAUUGCUGGUGUCGUUGGACCGAGGAUGGUUUACCUGCUAAGCAGAGGCUCGUGGCUCGUCAACAUGAAACAGUGUCCCCCUCUUGCUACUAUUUGGGUGUACACGAUCUUCCAGCUUGAUCUAGGACCUGCUGUUCUAAACCUGAUUGGCGUUGCAGCAUAUGUGUGGUGGAAGGGACUCAAAUUCAGAUGA